AUGAUUGACAGCAACGCUCCCUUUGCUAGGAAGUUCCACAGGAAUGAUCUUGUGCUGGAUAAGAUCGACACUGAGCUCUUGUUUUGUCCUCUGGGCAUGAUGGUGCCUGGAGGAUGGUGUGUGGGGAAGGGAGAGAAUGGCAGUGAUCCUUGUUUGGUUGUCAGGAACCAAACUGCUCGUCGGCCUGGGCAUGGUGCGAUUAGGCUCGAGAGGUUUUAUCCAGACGAAUUGAAAGAUGAUGAGGAAUAUGAAGACAUUUUGGAGGACAUGAGGGGAGAGGGUGGGAAAUACAGUAAAUUGGUGAAUGUAGUCAUUCCUCGUCCAGGCCCAAAUGGGGAGUCUGCUCCUGGAGUUGGAAAGGUGUUCUUGGAAUAUGCAGAUACUGAUGGAUCUACUAAGGCUAAGGUAGGGAAGAAAUUUGGCGGUAAUCAAGUGGUGGUUGUAUUCUACCAGGAGGAUAAGUUUGCACAAGGGGAAUAUGAUGGCUGAUAGGCUUAGUAUUCAUGAGUAGAGCGUGCUUUCAGAUCUGUAGUUAAAAUGGUUGUGGCAAUUGU